AUGCAGCCGACAAGGUGGCUCUUGCAAGGCCGAUCCGUGUGGAAGGGGCCGCACAUCGUACCCCUCGCCAUUGUGCGCCCCCUCCCGGGCGAAAGAGUCAAGCCAAUCCGCACGCAAGCCCGCGCCGCGACCAUCCUGCCUAGUUUCGUCGGCCUCAAGUUCCAGGUGUACAACGGCAAGGUAUACCACGACGUCGAGAUCACCGAGGAGAUGGUCGGCCACAAGCUCGGCGAGUUCUCUCCGACGAGAAAACCCUUCGUCUGGUCACGACGGUAA